AUGGCUUACCAUCCCAAUGCCCUACUUGGAUCCUUGUUCGUCGCCAUUCUAAUAGCAUGCGGGGCUAAGUUAUAUGCAAGUGCAAAGACCUUCACCAUAGUAAAUGAGUGCAAGGAGACAAUAUGGCCUGGCAUAACACACAGUGAAAACUUCAGUGGCAGUGGUUUUACAUUGAAGCAAGGCCAGUCUACAGUUUAUACAGCCCCAGGUGACUGGAAUGGUCGAAUAUGGGCUCGAACCGGCUGCAGUUUUGACAAGAAUGGCAAUGGCAAAUGCCAAACAGGUAGCUGCGGCACCACCAUCAACUGUACAGGCCCCGGCAGCCCACCUGCCUCAAUUGCCGAAUUUACACUCGGCCAGGAGAUUGAUUACUAUGAUGUUAGCCUGGUGGAUGGCUUUAAUUUGCCUGUAAUUGUUAAACCUACUAACAAUGGUAAAGGCAAUUGCAGCACUGCUGGUUGUGAUAGGGACUUGAGGCAGAGCUGCCCGUCAGAGCUCGCAGCUAAGGCCGAAGGAAAAGUCAUUGCUUGCCGGAGUGCAUGCAACGUGUUCAACACCGAUGAAUACUGCUGUAGAGGGACAUUUGGAAACCCUCAGACAUGUCUACCUACUAAUUAUUCAAGGAGUUUUAAACAAGCUUGCCCUGCAGCAUAUAGUUUUGCAUAUGAUGACCCUACCAGUAUUAUAACAUGCUCUGGUGCAGACUUCAUUGUCACCUUCUGCGCAUCAAGGAACCAAACGGUGUGCUCUUAUCAUGAUAAGCAGCUUGUUUGCAAUGGAUCAAAGGAAUUAAAAGCACUCUCUCAAAGAUGGUGGCCAUUGAUGCUCGCAUUCCCCUUGAUUCUCAGUUUCCAGUCUAUGUUUUAGCAGAUUCUUCACAGCGCUACACACU